UUAUCCGCUCAUCUGCCUGGGACUCUGUUUUUUAUUGUGGUAUUGCUUUUGUUUUUAACAGAGAGUUUCCUCAUAGUUGUCUGUGGUCAGGGAGUUUUGGGAAAUGCCUGUCUGCUUCUUUUUUCUUUGUUUUUGGAGGCCUGCCACAAGAAUUUUUGUGGAUUAAAAGGUUAUGCAGCUCUGCAAUGGAAUUCAUUCCCAACAAAAAAAUAACUAAAAAUAAUUUGGUCACUAUGAGAAACUCUUCUCCAUUCUGAGCAGGCAGAGAGAGCCAUGUUUUUCCAGGAGUCAAUUUGAGCUACGUGACACAAAACGCAUUUGGGUUCUGGGAGGUUUCACUUCCCUACGUUAAAAACUGACUCAGUCCUAGGUGUUGCCUAGAGCUCUUCCUGCUCCCUGAGUGGGUUUUAGAGCCAGCUUAAAGGAGCUCAGCUGUUACAGUUUGGAUUGCAGACCAGCUGUGAAAUCUGCAGAGAAGAAUAAAAAAUGCACAUUUCAGACGUGGCUUGUUUUUUUGCCAGGAUCUUCAGUAUAAGGAAGUGAAAAAAACAUCUGUGAGUGUACGCACCAUUUUGCAGCUCCCCCUGACUGAGUGUUUCAAAGAUUGGGCAAGGAGGAAACCCCACCAGAGUAAUGCUGCAGCCAGAGGAGGUGGAUGUUAAAAGAGACCAGAAGAAAGGAAAAGCAGGGAUUGGCAAAGAUAAUGACUACUUAAUCACAAGUGAUUAUCAGUAGUUAUCCAUCUUCUCAACAUUUCAUAAUAUGAUUAAUCACUCAUGGAUAAACAGUCAUCACUAUCUUGAUGCAACCACUUGCACAACAGUCUCUCUGAAAUCUUCACUACAUUUACAAGAUGCCAAACAGUUCACUAAGCUAACAGGGACUCAGACUGUGUACAUGUUCCGGAGAUGUACUGUGGCUAUCUUCAUUAUCCUCACUUUGAUCAUCAUUUUUGCUUUGGCUGCUGCUCUGGGAGUUAAAAAAGACAAACUUCCUUCCACUUCCCAUCAAGUAACCUACCUGCUCGUCCCUGCAGCUUCCUGUCCAGAUGGUUGGAUUGGUUACAGAAGGAAAUGCUACUACUUUUCAGAGGAUGAGGGGAACUGGACAUUAAGCCAAAGCAUCUGCUCUUCAUACAAUUCCUCUCUCACUGUGAUUAAUAGCCAGGAGGACAUGAACUUUGUAAUGCGAUAUAAGGGCACCCUUGAUCAUUGGAUCGGACUAAGCCGAAAGCCAGGGCAGCCAUGGAAAUGGACAGACGGCACCGACUUCAACAACUGGUUUGAAGUAAAGGGAAACUCUCUUUGUGCUUACCUCAAUGAAUUUGCUGUCAGUAGUUCUGGAUGCUACACUGAGAGAAACUGGAUCUGCAGCAGGCCAGAUGAAUACACACAGAGGCAGCAAAAAGACUCAGAAGUUAUGGUCACCUAGGGGAGUGUUUCCUACAGACUGUCUACUGCAGUUGCUUUCCCUGGUUCAGAAGUCGCCUUGUUAGCACAGAUGAACGUUUCAGACUGCAUCUCAGACUCUGCAGCUCUUAAUGGUGUGCUUCUUUCAGCAUAGGGACUGGCUUCUGUGAUGCAUCAGGGUAUAGGCCUUUCCUCCUAGCCAGAGCCGUUCUCUCAUGACAGUCAUGCUGUGAAAGCGUUCUCUUCUCGCUGAUCUAAGGACCAAGGUCAUGCCUAAUGAGAACUGGAUUACUGACUUUUUCAUGCUGGCAGCAUUUGGGCAAGAGUCAUUCUGCUCUCCUUUCCAGAGAGGUUUGGUAUGGGAAUGGGCCGGUCGACUUGGGAAGGCAAAGUGAGGAAAAACUCAAGGAUGGAAUUCCGCAUCAGGACUGAACUCAAGCAAGUGUUGCUUGUGAAUACUGGUGCCACAGGUUACCUAUACAGGUCAGAUCACAAAUGACAGUGAAACCUUUUAAUAUUGUUACCACAGCAUCAUAAUAUUUCUGUACCAUCCAUGGCAUGUGAAGAAAAAUCUUUUCAAAACAUUUAAAUUAUUUUUGUAAUUCUGUAUGUACAACAAAGCCUUCAUUCACCAUUUUCCAAAUUAUUUCUGCCAAUGCUUUCACUCUUUCUGGACUAUGUUACUUAUUACUACACAAGGUAGGAUUCUAUUUGUAUUGGUAAAUGUCAAUAAAUAUUAAUUUCACCUCACACAGACCAACAAAAACUAUUUCCAUCAUUAAUAUUCAAAAUUUAUGGAAAGGGAACAUAAGAAAAGUGAUGGCUAAUGGAGUGUGUGACAACAGGGGGAGCAGUCCUACAUAACCAUCCUGACUGUAGUUUGGACUGUAACUCCCAGAAACCCCAAAGGACUUGGAACAAAGGAAGAGGAAGUACUACCAAAUGAACAAAAUUAUUAAAAGCAGAUAUGAUUUAUUGAUUUAUGGAUAUUUAUUUUUUAUAUUUUGACAUGUCAUUUGUAUAAAGCUUUUGACAGUAUGCUGUCAUUACUAAAUUGCCUGCCCCUACACACCCUUAUUUUGCACAAUCCUGAAAAUUGAAAUUGGUAGAAAUUGAAAUAAAUGCUUAAAAAUAAACAUAAAUGUUAUCCAUCAAAGUUAUGGAAAAAAUAAAAAUCUAAUUCUGCCAUGUAUACUUAUUACCCACUUUUCAAGACGGGGCCUCCCAGGCUGCAUCCACACAAGCAGAGGCAUGCAUUUGUAGCAGCACAAAUUUAUACCGCUACUUUGUGCUGCAGUACAUGCCCCUACUCGUGGUUUGCAGCAGGACACGUCCCACUGCUCCACGUGCUGCAAGUGGGGCUGGCUGGGGCGCACAGUGCUUCAGCAUAGGGUUAGCCAGCAGGCAGUCCCCAUGCUGAGACAACUUGUGCCCCAGCCAGUCAGGGAGUGGCAUGUGGAGAUGGCAGAGUAGGCAACCCAGAGCCCAGGUCAGGGUUUUGCCACAUUAAACACACCUCCUGUGCUCUGAAUGAGUGAAUUCCUCCUGGUUUGAACAGGGGUGGCCUAUUGUGGUGGGGUCUUUUCUGUGAACAUGUAAUCCAGUGCCUAGGGAUCUCGCAAAGCUUGUUUUCCAGACACUUUGACAAACAGAAGAAAAACCCAUUUUGAAAAAUCAGACAAGCUGGCUAUGUGGUUGUGGAUAGAUACAGACACCUCCAUUUUAAUGCAAUUUAUGACCAUACUUGAUAAAGAAGCCCUUUCCCACACACAGAUGCACUGUUAAUAAUGAUACACGGUGUUUGUGAUUCUAGAACAACCAGUCUUGUCUGAGCAUCAGUUAAGCAUGUAACCCCUUGUCUAUCAGCUCCUAAUUUGUCAAAUUAAAACAAGUUAUCAAAAAUGCCUCCUUGUAUCAUUACAGAAGACAGCUGCAAUUCAGCUGGGAGGUACAGCCCGUUAUCUGUAUGCUGAGGGGAUGGGAGAUCCUACCACUCUUUCUAACUGGGCAUCUAACUAUGCUGACUUCUGUGAAUCUCACCAGUAAGU